CUAGCGCGCUCUGACGGAGGCGUCGCGUUCGAUCCUCACAAUGCAGUGAAAUCACUCUGCUCUCCUCUGCUUCCUUCUAUAAAUCUAAUAGAAUAACUCCGUCAAGAAGCAACGAGCAUAGAACAAUUCAACAGAGGAAGAAUCAGGCAGGGAGCUCUCCCAUUCGCAUCCCAGGCCAACCUCAACCCCAAUCCAAUCCGUUGCAGGUCGCAGGAUGGCUCCGCGUGAGCACCACCAGCCCCAGGAGGAGGAGGAGGAGGACACCGCAGGCGUCGUCAAGCUCAUCAGCGCCGAGGGCUUCGAAUUCGUCGUCGACAAGAAGGCCGCCAUGGUCUCCAACACCCUACGCAACAUGCUCACAUCGCCAGGCGGUUUCUCCGAGACGCGCCAGGGCGAGGUUCGCUUCCCGGAGAUCCCCACCAAUAUCCUCGAGAAGAUCUGCCAGUACUUCUAUUGGUCGCUCCAUUAUUCCAGUGGCAAGGAAACAGCAGAGUUUCUGAUCGAACCCGAGAUCACCCUGGAGCUGAUGAUGGCCGCAAACUACCUGGACACUUGAUGAGGAGCCUGAGGGAUCUAACCCUAGGAACCGUUUGGUUGUGAAAUUUGAAAAGGUAAUGUAAACGUUAUCCGAUAACACUGUAAAUUUUAAAAAGUAAGCUAUUACUUGGAUUGUUUGGUUCAGCGUAAGAGAUUAUGUUGUGGCUUAAACAAACACGCUCCAACGUAAUCAGUUACUGUUGUAAUCAAAUCACCUUACAUUCUACUGAACCAAACAGCACCAUAGUGUCUUAUGAAAUAUGAAAGAACGAAGCAAUGGUUACUAGUGAU